AUGGGCCACCACGGCGACGAGAAGGACCGCAUUGUGAUCAACGUGGGCGGCAUCAAGCACCAGACGUACCGCGGCACGCUGCGCACGCUGCCCGGCACGCGGCUCUCGUGGCUCGCUGAGCCCGACGCAGCAAGUCACUUCGACUACGACGCGACGGCUGGUGAGUUCUUCUUCGACCGGCACCCGGUUGUCUUCGCGCACAUCCUGAACUACUACCGCACGGGCAAGCUGCACUGCCCAGCGGAUGUGUGCGGUCCGCUCUACGAGGAGGAGCUCGCCUUCUGGGGCAUCGACGAGACGGACGUGGAGCCGUGCUGCUGGAUGACCUACCGGCAGCACCGCGAGGCCGAGGAGGCGCUGGUGAGUUUCGGCGGCGGCGCGUUGCUCGAUGGCGGUGGCGCACACGAUGAUACGGAGGCAGAAGGCGGCACGCACGAGGCGCCCGCCGAAGGGGACGAGGGAGCGGAAAUGACGCGGCGCCUCGCGCACGGGGACUCGCCCGAAAGCCGCUCAGGCCGCUGGAGCCGAUGGCAGAGGAAGAUGUGGGCGCUCUUCGAGGACCCCUAUUCCUCCAAAUACGCGCGGCGGGUGGCUUUUGCAUCUCUGUUCUUUAUCCUGGUGUCCAUCACUACAUUUUGUCUGGAGACUCACGAGGCAUUUAACCCCAUCAUCAACCGCACAGAGAUCGAAAUGGUGGACAAUGAAACCGUGGUGCGUAUUUACCCAGAGACCGAGACCAUGGUGCAGCUCACAUACGUCGAGGGAGUCUGUGUGAUCUGGUUCACCUUUGAGUUUUUAAUAAGAAUCACUUUCUGCCCUGACAAACUCAAAUUCAUAAAAAACGCCCUCAACAUCAUCGAUUUUGUGGCCAUCCUGCCUUUCUACCUGGAAGUAGGACUGAGUGGCCUGUCCUCCAAAGCCGCAAAAGACGUGCUGGGGUUCCUGCGCGUUGUGCGCUUUGUCCGGAUUCUGCGCAUCUUCAAACUGACGCGGCACUUUGUUGGUCUGCGGGUGCUGGGACACACACUUCGUGCCAGUACCAAUGAAUUCAUCCUUCUCAUCAUCUUCCUGGCCCUUGGUGUCCUCAUAUUUGCCACCAUGAUUUACUACGCAGAACGUAUCGGAGCCAACCCUAACGAUCCCCGUGCUAGUGAACACACACAUUUCAAAAACAUCCCCAUUGGUUUCUGGUGGGCUGUGGUCACCAUGACAACACUUGGCUACGGUGACAUGUUUCCUCAGACGACGUCAGGCAUGUUGGUGGGGGCGCUUUGUGCACUGGCUGGUGUGCUGACCAUUGCCAUGCCUGUGCCUGUGAUUGUCAACAACUUCGGCAUGUAUUAUUCUUUGGCAAUGGCUAAACAAAAACUACCAAAAAAAAAGAACAAGCAUAUCCCACGGGCACACCAACUGGGGUCCCCCAACUACUGUAAGUCAGCCAUUAACUCGCCAAGACCCAGCACUCACAGUGAUACCUGCCCUCUGGCCCAGGAAGAAGUCUCUGAGAUUAGAUACCAAGAUUUUAAAGUGAACGGAGAGCCGUCUAAAGCGGCCCUGGCCAACGAAGACUGUCCCCACAUCGACCAGGCUGUAUCACCGGAGGAAGUUUUCAGCCCUGUAGACCGUGAGAGACCCUGUUUCCUGCUCACCUCUGCAGAUCGGGGCAAUCACAUAGGGGCAAGAGUCAGGAAGGAAGCCAAGCGAGCGAGCCGAAGCAGACAACCGACAGAGUCAGUGUGUGUUAUGAACCAUGGUGUGCCAACCACUAUGUGUGUCAACCAUAAAGCCACCUCUCCCACCUGAUAGUCCUGUAGCGUGUGUCGUUACGCAUGUGGAUGUAAGUGCGUGUGGAUGCCUUUGUUCGAGUGUGCGCGCGUACACUAGAUUACACAGCAUUAUUUCUGAGUGACAGACAUGAACUCAGCAUAGAUGUAGCACAGAGACGCUGUUGUCGUUCAGCCGUAUGUACCUGUGUUCCGUGACUGUUUAUUUAUUGUGCUGUUGAAUUGUGUGAAGUGCCUAUUGUUUUGUGUGUGUCGGUGUUGUAUAUAGUGCUUGUGUGUGCUGGUGCAUCAAAAAUGUGACUUUUUUUUUUUUUAUUUAUUGUUUUAACUAGCAAAUAUUAUGAUUUUGCUGUGUUUUAAUGUUGUGAAAUGUCGCUCCAGUACUUUUUAAAUAAUUAGACACGUAGUCCAUGUAGGAAAAAAAAAAUACAUCGAAUAAAGCAUUUAGAGAAAGACUUUUGUUUUUGUACUAACGUAGCGAUUAUAUAGUAAACGCCUCCGCACCGUCCGCACCUGUUCCUUCGUCUAGAAUAGAUAAAGACAGUUGGAAACCUAAGCUUGUCAUUCUGCAGUUUAAAGUGAAGCGGAUAAGGGAAUUUGGCUCACAAAACCACAGGACCAAACUCCGUAAGGAUUUUUUUUUCAACGACGCUGUAGUGUGUCCGGAUUGUUCUAUCUGUAAGAAUGACUUUUAGACGUUUUUCAUCUAACAAUCCAGCACAAUAAACCACGAAGCGCUUGUGGUACGCUCGUUUAUCUAUGACAGGGUUUCUAACAGAGAGGUGCACGUCAGAAAGGAAACAAUACUGCGUCUUAGGUUCAGUCCAAUGUUUAUUUUUCAUGUUUGUGGAAAUGUACAAUGCGCCUAGUUCUUUGGGACCAAUCUGAAACACUGCCAAUCACAACCUUUGGGGAUGUGGAGAUCACACUGUAACUGUAACAAUAUGCUGGACUAUUUGUACACCCAACACCACAAGAGCAUAUGUAUCACAUGUGUCAGUGAUGAGAUGUUUCAGAGUGCUGUUCGAUCGACAUACUGUAUAGUGCGAAUAGUGAUUCAAAACAAGAUGUUGUUUUCAUUGAUGGUUUGAUUUGUUGAAGCAAAUUUGUGUCUUUUUCCUGAGGAAGAAAAAAAAUAAAUAAAUAAUGACAACGAUCAAACUAAACAGAAAUAAAAUAUGAAUAAAGUGUGUUUUGUGUGUGUUGUGUUUCUCAGAUUAAAAAAAAAAAACAAAAAAAAAUUGGAAAAAUUGUUGGAAGAUGAUAAGACGGAAAAAAAAAAAAAAAAAGGUUAGCACGUUCGCCUCACACCUCCAGGGUCGGGGGUUCGAUUCCCGCCAUGGCCCUGUGUGCACGGAGUAUGCAUGUUCUCCCCGGGUACUCCGGUUUCCUCCCCCAGUCCAAAGACAUGCAUGGUAGGUUGAUUGGCGUGUCUAAAGUGUCUGUAGUGUAUGAAUGGGUGUGUGAAUGUGUAUGUGAUUGUGCCCUGCGAUGGACUGGCACCCUGUCCAGGGUGUACCCCGCCUUGUGCCCGAUGCUCCCUGGGAUAGGCUCCAGGUUCCCCGUGACCCUGAAAAGGAUAAGUGGUAUAGAAGAUGGAUGAAUGGAUGGAUAUAUAUAGUACAAUAAAUAUAGAAAAUAAUAUUAGAAGAUUAUUAUGGCACAAAAAUGUAAAUAGAAUAAAUUUAUAACUUUUUUUUUUUUUUUUUACACAUUUGUUUCUUGGUUGUUUUUUUGUACCAUUGCUGAGAUUUCUCCAGAAUUAUGGCUGAAAAUGGUGUCUCUUUAUAUGGUUAAAGAAUUUCAUUUAGACAUACACUGUAUAGCCAAAAGUACACGGACACCUGAAACUCACAUCCAUAUGGUGUUUUUUUUUUUUUUUUUUUUUAAAACAUCCCAUUCCAGAUUUAUUCCUCAUGUGCUGUUAUAAUAAGCUCCACUCUUCUGGGAAGUCUUUCGACUAGAUUUUGGAGCGUGGCUGUGUGGAUUUGUGUUCAUUCAGCCACAAGAGCAUUAGUGAGAACAGGCACUGAUGUUAGGUGAGGAGGUCUGGGGUGCAGUCGGCGUUUCAGUUCAUCCCAAAGGUGUUCAGUGGGGGUGAGGUCAGGGCUCUGUGCAGGACACUCGAGUUCUUCUACACUAAACCUUGUCUUCACAAAGCAUGUCUUCACUGUGCACAGGGGCGUUGCCAUGCUGGAACAGGUUUGGGCCUCUUAGUUCCAGUGAAGAUGAAUUGUAAUGCUAGAGAACAUGCAAAGACAUCCUAUGCAAUUGUGUGCUUCCAGGUUUGUGGCAACAGUUUGGAGAACGAGCGCAUAUGGCUGCGAUGGUCAGGUGUCCACAAACUUUUGACCACUGUGUACAUAUUAACAUUCAGCUCACUUUCCUGAGUCAGACUGUGGGAAGAAGUUAACGAGCGCACAGAUAACGUUUGAGUUUUUAUUUCGGCUAAUCAUCAGUAAGACAGCUAUGAAAUAUUCAAUACCAUGUGGAGACUGGAAUAAAUAAAAAAAAUCAGGUUGGAUGAAAUCAUUGUGCCAGAUAUGUUGCACUUCCCCCAGAAAAGUGCCAAAAGUGUCAAAAUGUCCAAGUCUACCCUUGCUGUAGGAGGUCGGAUACUGGAGAUUUAAAAUGACAUUUUUAUGUAAAUAUGAUGAUAAACAGUCUUUAUCAUUAAAUGUCAAGAUCAAAACAGAAGAUAUUUCAGAUAAUACAUAUAUCUACUGUAUUUGGUGACUGGAGUGGCUUUAACAUAAAAUUGGUUGCAUAUACAGCGCUCUCCACUAAUAUUGGCACCCUUGGUAAAUAUGAGCAAAGAAGGCUGUGAAAACUUGUCUAUUUAACCUUUUGAUCUUUUGUAAAAAAAAAAAAAAAUAAAUUCACAAAAAAAUGAUCUGCUCUGAUGGAUA